GUUGAUCUAGCAAAGAUAUCUUUGAAGCUGGUUGGAGUCAAAAUAUUCACAAAUUAAAAAAAAAAUAAAAAUAUAUAUAUAUAUAAAGCAAGCAUGAGAUAAAAACAAUUAUGUAGCAAUUACCAUAGUCAGGACUGGGAAUGUAUCAUCUAAUUUUCCACAUAAGCUACAAUGACUUCGUUUGUUGCCGACGUUCUUCUGACAGCAGGUAAUUUGGAGAAAAUUGAGCUGACUACAAAAAUUACUGAAAUCGAAAAGGAAAUAACGAAACUCAAACAUGAUGUUAAGGAAUUUAUGGAUUAUAACUACGUUGAAUUUGUACCGAGGCUUAAAAAAGAUCAAGCAUUGGUCCGAGAAGCAGAGAAAAUUAUCGGCGAGAUGAAAAAUCUGCAAAAAAGAGUUGACGAUCAGGUCAAACUUGAAUUAUCAGGCUCGAAAAAAGAGUUAAGAAAUCUCUCAAAUGCCCUUCAAGAAUCGAAUACAAGUCUCAAAUUAUCCACUCGCCUUCUGGAAUUAAACGAAUGUAUUAAAAAAAUCGAUAAACUGAAACAAGAAAAGAAAUUUGUCGAGACAGCGAAAACGCUGCACCGAAUGCAUCUUUUACUGAGUGAUUCUAGUGUAGAUUUACAAAGUCUCGAAAUUUACACAACACUAGAAAACGAAUUUUCCACUUUAUACGGAGCUUUUGUAAACGAAACUUUGUCCCUCUGGCAAGAAUUUAUUUGCUGGAAGGAAGAAACUCAGCAAAAAGGAGUCCUCACUAGUCUCACCAUCGAAUGCGAACCAGAAGAGACUCAAGACUUGGUCCUUGCGUUAUAUUUCGUCGAUCGUUUAUCGAGUUGUUUGGAAACAUUCUCGGUAAACUUACUGAAAAGCGUAAUAAAUCCCAUCAUUUCCUGCGAAUGUUCGGUUUACGUCGUAGAAGAAAAAACGUUUAAUGUGAAAAUCCUAAACAAGACAAACUCUUCUGGUUAUAAAAGCGUCUUUUAUAAUCUCAAGUUGUUGUUCAAGUUUUUGAAUCAGCAUUUGAAUAUAAACGUGGAGGGUAAAACAUUUGUUGAGAGACUGAGGGAAUAUUUGCUGGAUGAUUUUUCGACGGCUUUGAUUAAGGAUUGCAUUGCCUAUACGAUUCCAAACUCGAGUGCUGAACUGCAAACAUUCCAUCCGAUUGUAGAGGAUAUUAACGAGUUCCAAGAUUAUUUAGUCGAAAUUGGAUUUAUAUCAGAGGAGCAGCGAUUUCUUUCUGAAUAUACAAGAAAUAUAGACAGCUUAUUUAUAAACAAAGUGUGCCAAGGAUUGUUAGUGAGAGCAAGAGAUAUCAUGAAAAAAGAUCUCCAUGAUUCGAUAAGAAUCGAACCACAGGAUCCUCUUUGUUUUCCGGAUGAAAUUUUAGAUGAAUACGAUUUGAAAACUAAUAGGAAAUUGAGUGAAGUUACAUUCCAAUUACCUCCUUGUCGAAUAAGUAAAAGCGCGCAGGAAAUUUUAAAUCUCGCACGAGAGAUUCUUGACGAAGCUUGCAAAAGUUCAGACGAAUGUGCUAUUAGAUUAUUUUACACCAGUAGGAAUAUUUUUGAAAUGUAUGCAGGUUUGGUUCCUGAACAUCACCAAAAGUUCCUUGAAACCAUACCCCAGCAAGUGGCUCUUUUUCACAAUAACUGCAUGUACCUCGCCCACAAUCUUCUCACCUUGGUUCAUGGAUACGAGUACAGAUUGUCGAGCAUUUUAAAGCAGCACAACGUAACAUAUGCCGAUCAGACUUUAAUGUUUCGAAAAGUGGGCGCGGACUAUUUUCUAAAUCACAUGAAGGUCCAAAGGGAUUUUAUAUUUGACAUCCUUAGGAAAUCAGGAUUGGCGACGAUAAGGCAAACACCGGAAUUACCAGAAGGCACGGAACGCGAUUUAAGACAAUGUCUGCGGCAAUUGGAACUUUUAAAAACAGUUUGGUUGGAUGUUUUGCCGAGUAAUAUUUACUGUAGAGCAGUAGGCUACAUUGCAAAUUCAAUGGUAGAAGAUUUGAUAACGAAAGUUACGGCUGUCGAGGACAUUCCAGCAGAUUUAGCAACUGAAUUGGUAGCUCUUUUAAAUAUGAUUGUUAAACGAAUGCCUUCAAUAUUUCCCGAACCCGAAACAAUUCAAAGACACGUGCGGAACUGGAGAAAAUUAACGGAAUUGAUUAUUGUACUGGGCGCUUCCUUGACGGAAAUCGAGAAUCGCUGGGCGAAUUCUAAGGGGCCACUUGCUCAUGAAUUUGCAGCCGAUCAGGUGAAGCGACUUAUCAGGGCACUUUUCCAAAACACGGAACGUAGAUCUGCAUUAUUGGCGAGAAUCAAAUAA